GUUCGCUGGUAUAGAUGGAGGCAGCCGAUGGAUUACGGGAUCGAAAGCAAAAGAGGGAAUAUUUACGUUGACAUUUUCACCAAGGAACACAUUUAUACGAAGUGCAUUGCACUUCUCGAGUUUUAUCGAAUUCCUCUGAUUUAACAGAAGUUUUGUGGUGUCCGUCUAAGCAAGACAGAUUGGAUAAAAUGGCGAAACUUGUAGCGGUGUGUCGAGAUGAAGCUGACUUCGCAUUCGAGCGGAGACAAAUCCCUCUAAAUAUUGAAGACACGUUAACGGUAUUGUACAUUGUGCCAGUCGCCUUCUGACAAUUUAUUUUCCGUGAAUUUUGCCUGAAGUUUCUUGUCCUUUCUUGCUCAGAUGGUAAUGGAAAUUCCUGAAACUGUCAUUUCUACUCGCCAAGUAAACGAAGACGAACUUCAAGUAUUUAACAAGGUCAGUGAAUAACUUAGCGUUAAAGCUUGAAUAUUUUGAAAAAUUUCAGGCUAAGUUCCCCUUUUGUCAAGUGUAUUUAAACCUGCUAGAAACGAAUCUUUAGCUGGUGUAGCGACGUUUAGCAGAGUUGUCUUUUCCAAGGUUAAAUUUAAUAAAUGGUUACCCAGUAGUUUUGAUAAAAAUCAAAUCAAAUGAAAUAUUCGUAAACCUGCAUGAAGUGAGUUUUUUUACGAUAUACUGAUUAGGAAACCUAAGCGAAAAUACGACAUGAGAAGUUGCCAUUCGUGUUUACUCUGGAUCGAGUGAAUAGUUAGCUUGAAUAGUCGACCAUAUAAAUGUCAUGGCUAAUCGCGAGAUCAGAUACUAUCUGUGUGAUGUGUCGAGUUCAAGCUGACUGUCUGAGUCUCCAGUUGGAUAUGAGCACUCUCUGGCAAUUGAGUUGCCAGGAAGUAAACAUUCCGAUCUAAUUUCGUUUUGUUUUGCAGAGAUUUCAAUGUUUAAGUUCAGAUGAUCUCGCUGUGGCAACUAUGGUGCGAAAGAAAGAUGUCUUUUCCUUCCUGUCUCUCUCUGUUCCGUGCGUGGGAUGUCGUAGAAGGCAAGGAUUUUCUCUUUUUGUAUAAUAUUUCCUCAUCGUUUUGAAAUUAAUUAUUCACUAUUACAAGCAAAUCUCGGUAAGUAUCACUUUAGAUUUCUUAAAUUUGUCUUAAAUGGCUUCGCUACGUUGCCAAUACAAGUAAGCUUAAGUUUUUUGGAAAAUGUGUAACAACCUUUGUUGUGGGAUUUGUUAUGUAAUGUAGGAAUAUGCUUAUAUUGCACUUUUAUUUCAAACACAACCCAGUGCCUUAUAUUAAAUAAGUUUGCAAAUAUCUUGUUAUUUCCAUUUAUUCUAUGAUUUUCAUGGGACUAAAUUGCAUAAUACCUGGCCCACUUAAUAUCUAACUUUAAAAAACUGCUCCUUCAGUGUGCAAAGAAAGUAGUGUCCGAUAGGCUGGGGCUAGUGGAUUUUGCUAUCGGGCUAGUAAAUUCUGUUCUUAACUUGCCGGAUGGGCAAGUGAACUUUUAAAAGGAAUUCAAAUUACAGAAGAACUGUGAAAUCCAUCUGCUCAUCAAAACGUUUGGACUUUCUUUGCACCCUGUCCUUGUGGGAGCACUAGCUAUAUACCUCUUUCUAUAAGCACACUAGUAAGACAUUUAGUGGGCUGGGUAUUCUGAAAUCAUUCCUCACCUGGCCCCAGUUGUUCAAAAGCUGGGUAGCAUUAUUCACCAGAUAAAUCACUUUCCAGUGGAUGAGUGUUAGGGAAACCAAUUAUGUUAUACACUGGAUAGAGAUUUAUCCAGUGAGCAACUGGGGCCUGUAUUUUUACAUAUGCUAUCCCACCAAUUUAAAAUACUACAUGAUCAGUGUAUUACUCUUUAUACCAAGUGGAAGGGAGUAGAAAACCUGAUCAAGACAGUGUACUGUUGCAUGGAUGUUCAACUGUAUAUCUUUUUGAGAUUAAAGAAGUUUUGUCUUUUGUAAAUGCCUUGAAUUAAGUUAAAAGUAACAUCCUGUCUGGAUGAUUUUUGUUCUCUAAACAAUCUUUACUUAUCACAUUAUUCUGUUGUUUAUGCACAGUAUGGAGCGAUUAUACAACCAGUUAGUAAAAUCUGGGCAACCAGCCUUGGAGCCCUUAAUGAUUACAAACAGUGGAAGUAAGUUGUUCUGACUUGUGGCCUUUAUUUGAUGGAAAUUGGAAAUACAAUGUAAUCUCACUGUUGUUAUUAUUGAACCAUCACUUAAUUGUGACAAUUUUGGGCAGACUGUGCAAUGCUUUGGUCUAUUCAUAGUUAUAAGAGCCUUAGAGGAGACUGAUUAUGAAAGCCAGCAAAACUGAAACACAGCACUUUGCUGGGAACCCCCUGACCUUGCACUGUGACUGAACCCUUAUAUUAGUCAGCUUAUCCAACAUGGUUGGUGUGCUCUAAUAAGCAUUGUGCAGGGUCAAGGCUAAAAAGGUUGAGAGGAACAUAUUAUCAUUGACAAAAAAAAGUUUUUAGGCCUUCGUAACCAUUGCAUAUCAUCAACUAUGGUAAAUUUCAGAAAGCAGGCACAAUUUUUGCCAUUUGUUUUGAAUUUUGUACUUGAAAGUGGAUCCAUUAAGAUAAUAAAUGCAAUGCUCAUUUUGUUACAAGUUAUGCCACUAACUUGUCAAGUUCAUUUUAUCAAUUUUAACAAAUUCUGCAUGUUAUAAAUUGAGCUAAUAAUCAAGUAUAUUGCCAGUUAUCUAUUUGCCCAAGUUUUAGCUUUUAAGGUAAUAACUUUAUGUAAAAUUUAUGGUAAUCAGUUCGAUUUGAGCUUUUUUUGUUAUCCUUCCCAUGCACGACAACCUCCUGUAAGCAACCUCUUUGUAGUGCACCAAGGGUGGUAGCUUAUGAGAGAGUUGACUUUACUGUGAGGUACCGGUAUUUGUACUCGUUUUUAGCGUUAUUUGUACUCUUGUGACUGAAGUGGAAUAAUAAAGUUCCUUAUCCAGCACCAAAAGUGUUGAUUAUCUGAAAUACCUUGCAAAUGCUGUGUUUAAUAAUAAAAAUAGAGAAAAGCAAAGGAGUAACAUGAUGGAUUAAUUUCUUUUUUCUUUUUUCUAGUUUUGACCAUUGAGGGUCCUUUCCUUCAGGAUCCAAAACUUGUUUAUGCACUCUUUUACAUACAUGGGUAAGUAAAUCUGAAAAUAGUUCUUUUGCUUGUGAUGUUACUUAUUUAAUAAUGAAGCUAUACAACUAAUUGCAGUGCUGUUCUUUCUAUUUUGUUCUUGCUGUAUUGUAUUUUAUUCUAAACCUAAUCAUCUUGUGUUCCUGGCAUAUAUAUAAGCAUUUAAAUAACCUCAUCACCUUUUAAUCAUUAAAACACAUUAAGUUUCCUAAUAUUUUACAUGGCUACUUACAGAUAUUAACUUGUGUCUAAUUUCUUUCGCUAUUUUUCUCACUUGUAAUGUUCAGUAUACCUUGCAUUAUUUAACCUUCCACAAUGUUAUCAUAUUCCUCAGCUUUGGAGUAUUUUUGCCAAUGUUAUUUUGCAAACUGACGGGGUUGCCAUGAGGAUGCUAUGAUUGACAGAAAGACUAUAAAUGAUGCCUGGAAUCUAGAUUUUGUAACCUAAUGGCUUAAUUUGUUUCUUUAAGUUCCAGACUAAAUGAGAUGGUUGAAUCCAUUCCUAAGUGCAGACGUAACAGGUAUGUAGAGUUUCAGAUUUAACGAAAACAGCAACAACAACAAUAAUUACCAUUCUUGCUUUGUAAAGAGGCUAAAUCAGGGACACCCAAUGAGAAUAUAGUUCAAAACCAUUUAAACAUAGCGUUGUUAAACGUAUCUUAGUAUUUAAACGGUUUUAGAUAUAGGCAUAUUUUUAUCCCCUAAAAAUUUUUCAUCUCUUCAGAUUUCCUAGCUGAAAGUCUGGUGAUCCGAAAAUUAUAGGGAUCAAAACUUACCUUUUCGAAAAUUUCAGCCAGGAAAAAGGCUCCCGAAAAUUCUAGGUGACCUUCUUAGUGUAAAAAUCAGUUUAAAAUGGGCAACUAUACCAUUUUUUGAAUGUUCGAAAAUCCUAGGAGAGGCAGGCAAGCAGGAAAUUUUACAACAAAUGUUCCGAAAACUGUAGAUCUCAAAUUGUCUUCCAAACAGAUAUUUUCUGAAAAUUGACGUUGGGUGCCCCUUGCUAAAUGUGCUCCAGCAGUGUCCAAGGACCUAGAAAAAGCAAUUAUUUUUUAUUCAACUGACAGAAAACCUUCUUUCACUUUAGCAUAACUGUUUAACUGCAUGACUCUAGGUAUCCUGUGCAGGACUGUCAUUAAGAGCGGGGGGCUGUCGAUUUACCCCGGCUACUAAGAGUGUGGUCCCCGGCUACUUUUAUUGGAAAAUACAAGAAAAAUAGGACCAAAAGAAAUCCCCAGCUGUUUGAUUCCCCGCCUACUAGUUGUAUUUACCCGGCAACUUGAAAUCUUAGUGACAACCCUGCUGUAACACUGAAAAGAGCAUAGCCUUUGAGAAGUUGAGUUUCUCUUUGCAGUAAAAUAGUUCAGUAAGUAGAAGAUACCCCUUAAUUUUUAUUUUGCAGACGGUGUCCUCUUCAUUCAUUGGAAACACACAAGUCAAGGCCAUCAGGGUAAGGCAGUGGUCAAGACUGUAAUAAAUUAUUUCUAAUGCUACAGUUUGGUAGUGAAACUUGGAAGGAAAAUAAUCAUUGUGUUAUUAAUUGUUUUUAAAUACUUAUGAUGUCAUUUUAUUGAUUUCUUAAAUAGAAGCUGGAUAGAUGUGUGGGAUUUAUUGUCACAGGAAUGUCGAGAUGAGGUAUGGUUAAACUUUGCCAUACUCUUUAUGGCAACCUUUUCUUCUGUAAAUCUCUUCCACUUUUCCUUCUCAUAUAUUGUACCUCUUUUUUUUAGGUUGUGUUAAUCGAUUCAGAUGCUCUUCUUGACACAUUGGAGAAUUAUCUGAGAAAGCAUAGGUUAGUAAAGAAAUUUAUAAGUUCCUGUUUGAUCUGAUGUUAUAGUUCUAACAAUAAAUAAUUUAUUGUUAGAACUAUAACAUCAUUGCAGAAUAGCACCCACUGAUGCACAACAUCAGUAACUGCAGAUUUUCUGUUAAUCUAAUAAUGCUUUCCUGUGUAUUAUAUAGUAUUUUUAUAUUUCAAGACUCUUAUUGACUGAAUAAUAAUUUGAAAUGCUGGUAAUGGGCAUUUUCCUUCAUCCAUUUGGCAAUAAAUUAUUGACAUUUUAUAACACUGUUGUCAUUGUUGUAAAAGUAGUGCUUUUAUUUCUCAUUGGUUUUUAUUGCUCUAGGUUUUGUACAGAAUGUAAAUCAAAAGUUCUAAGGGCCUACAGUAUUUUGGCUGGUGAUUUAGAUGGACCUAGUGAAAAAGGGUAAGACUGUUAGCUGACUUUUGUAAGGUAUAUCCAGUUUUUCAUUUCUUAAAGGGACUAUGUCACAAAGAUAUUACCAUUUUAGGUCUAUUUUGUGCUGAAGUCAUUAUUCAGUGCCCUUAUCCAUACACAAUGCCCUCGCUGGAUUCCGAAGUAGAUAUCAAACAAAUUUCAUCAGGGAGCCAGGGCUGUCAUUAAGAGCCAGGGGCCGCGGAUUUCCCCUCCUAGCUACUAUUAAUGUGGCCCUUGGCUACUUUUAUUGGAAAAUAGAAGAAAAUUGAAACCAAAAGAAACCUGUAGGUGUUUGAUUACCCACCUACUUGCUGUUUUUACCCGGCAACUUGAAAUCUUAGUGACAACCCUGAGGAGCAGUAACAAUAUUUUUUGUGGUGAUCUUUGCAGGUAUGGUAUUAAAACGUGAAGAACUCAGCACACCUUUUUUAAGUUUUAAUCCCCGUCCAUCCUUGCCAACCAAUGCAACAAUUAAAAGGAAACAGUUUUAAUACUUAAAUAUAGUCUAUAGGGGAUCAUUAUUUGAUUUGUGGAAUUCAGUUAUUGGGGAAAAUGCAGUAGCUUUUUUAAAAGAUAGCAAAUGGUGAUAGCCCCUUUAAUUUCAACUGGAAGUGGAGCAGGCCACUGCUUGAUCAGAGUUACCAUCUGUAAACUCUAGUCAAGUUUAUGUACUCAUUGGCUUUGUUUCUUUUUCCAGGUAUUGUGCAGCAUUGUAUGAUGGGCUCAAAAGUUGUCCUCAAGAGCGGCAUGUCCAUGUACUUUGUGAUACUGACUAUAUUGCACAUCUUAUUGGACGGGCAGAGCCAGAGCUUGCUGGAGGGUAAGUCAGCUGCUUCAGCUUUGAGUUGAAUGUGUCUCCUCAUGUUCUCUUGCAUCUAUUUUUCCGCUUCAUGGCUCGCGAAAAGACUGUUCCAGCUUGUCUGGGACCAUUUCUUGCUCUUGUUAGGUAAUGAUUUUGUUAGAGCAUGACUUGCUUGAACCUUUCAGCAUUGGACGAGUAAGCUUUGAAAGUUACUUGUCCAGCAAGGACAUCUACUCAACCCUCCAAGUUAAAGUUUUUACUCAGUCGCCAUUUGGUACCCAACUCUUUUGGUUUUAGGAAAUUUUUUUGCGAAUCAAGUCGCCAAUGUCAAAAUUUUAGUCGCCACGGGAACCAAAAUGGUCACAACUUGGAGGGUUGCUACUUGUCGCGGAUUACCAAACGGGGCUUAUUUUGAGCCCAGUCCUUCCCCACUUACUUUUGAGUACCUGCCAUGCAGCCCAAGGACUUCACACAAGGUGCAGAACAACUUAAAGUGGUGGUAUGGAAAUGAAAAUUGUCAAACUGUCUUCCAUUGGUUACUGCACAAACAAUUUUUUUUUGUUUUAAACUGAGGACAUUGAAUCAAUGUCCCUCUCUCAAUGAAUAAGAUUGUUGACGGGGCAAUUUGAAGAUCUAAGCCAUGAUAGUCUAGUAAUAGUUUGCUGUAAUAAAAAUUAAUUGCAAAAAAGCAGGUCCACGCACCAUUCUUAUAUGUAUUAGUGAUGCGGACCACCACUGUCUUUUAAUACAUUGCCUAACCGGCAUUGCUUUUAUUUCAGAAGAAGAGAAAGACAUGCUAAGACAUUGGACAUUGCCCAGGAAGAGGUAUGAUUAAAAAGUUGUUUUAGGUCUGACUCCAUCAAACAAAGUCUGAAGUGCUCAGUUAUGAGCACUUGACUUGUACCACUCCUUAAAGCCAUUUUGUUGUAGUCUAUACUUUAUGCUUUCAUAAAACUGUUCACGAUAAACGGUGUUUUGAUAAAAGCGUUUGGCAAACUGAAAAUGGCUUAGAACGCGGUUUUGUUAAACACUGGCUAAACUUCGUUUAAAUAUCCUUCCCUAUGGGUCCUGUGAGCAGAAUUGAAAUUGGUAAAAAUUAUUUUGUCUCCUUCUUUGAAGGUGUUGACGUGUCUUGGCAUUCACCUUUGGGAAAGACUUCACAGGCUUUGGCAGAAACUUAGGGCAGAGGAACAAACUUGGCAAAUGCUGUUUUAUCUAGGGAUUGAUGCACUAAGAAAAAGUUUUGAGGUAAGUCAGCAAAAUACCUGUAAAUGCUUAUGUUUUCAACCAGUUAAAGGUGUUUUUACAGGUAACAGCUCACGUUUCAGGAGUGAAAGACUGUAACUGCUAUGAUUUUAGUGAAAUUGUACAUAGUUGCUCUGGCGUUUUUCACGCGCACUUUCUCAAAUGAACUCAAUUAAAUAAACAAACAUGACAAUAUUGAUAACCCCAGAUUGGCAGGAGGCAAACCAGUAAGCUAUUUAUAGGGAUGGCCGACGAGUUGAAACGGUAUCUGGUCGUUUCACUGCUAAGUCGUUUCGCUACAAGUCGUUUCGCUGCAUCAUGAAAACGAAAGGACUCUGCUGCGAAACGACUUGUAGCGAAAUGUCUUUGUAGCUAAACGACCGGCAAGCGUUGAAACAGCACCAUCUAGUGGUCAGAGCGGGACUCAAAACUGAGACCUCCAUUUUACGACGUAUUGAAAGCGGUCAUUUCAGCUUGAAAGCGGUCAUUUCGAUGCGAACUCAAGCAAUGAAAUUGCACAAAAAAUUUUGAUUACUCAAAGCAUAGUUCGCGCCUGACCAAGAUAAACAAGCGUGGUGAAUAUUCCUCCUUUUUUAAGCCAAGUACAUGAAACUAGUUACACCUCGAUUGAAUCAACGUUUAGCGAAACGACUUUGUAUCGAAAUGACCGGUAAGCGCUCCUCCCUCCUGUUAGAAUGCAAGUCAUUUGCUCACCACUAUGUUUAUCUUAACAGGUUGCUGUUGAAGAAAAGCAAGGAAUUUCACGGCUAGAACAAGUCGUAGAGGAGAUUUCUGAGGCUGAAAGAGCAAAGGAACUGAAACGAGAGCAGAAACGGUUAAAAAAGAAAGCAAAGCGGAAGGGGAAAUGUAAAUGUCAUUCACAAAUAACUCUGUCAACAAAUAAUGAACUGAAAGAGGAAGAAUCUGCAAAGGAAGAAGUUUGUGUGAUUGAGAGAGUUGAAGAGACAGAGGAAUUAAAUGGUCAUAGAGACAGUUGUGAAGAUUAUGAAGAUGAUGUUGAUAGCGGUGAAUCGCCUUGUAGCUGUGAAGAUUUGAGUAACUGUGAGCAAAGCAAGUCAAAGAGAAAUGGUUACAGGAAUGGUGACUGUGGGUGAGUGUCUCAUUUGGGAGCUGUUGUCCUUUAGGGCCUUUAGGAUGUAAUUUGUGAUGAUUUUGCCAUCCUUUGGCCUUAAUAGCUUGUGCGGUUUUCAAAUUUGGUCACCGGGUUUUUCCGUUGACUAGGUUUUAUAUUAACGUACGCGGCGGCCGUGCAACAAGAAAGGGGUAACGAUAAAUUUAUACCCGUGAAAACUCGACGGGCGCCCAAAUUUACACCCGAAUGAGUGCUUCAGCCUGUUUUUAAUUUUGAGCAGACGCGUGCAGUUACCAUAUUUGGAGAGCAUGGUAUAAUAGCUCAUAUACCAUGAUGGCUAAGCCAAUCAGGGCCGAUUUGUUCAAAGCUGGGUUAAGAUAACCCAGGGUUAGUGCGAGAUUUGAAUUCAAAUUUGAAAGCUUAAAAAGCUUUUCAGUUUUAAUUCUUUUUGUCCACAAGUUGACGAUUGGAAGCUCCAAAAAUAACAGAGAAAAUUAACCGAGAAAAUCCUUUUGAAAAAAAGAAACAGAAACUCGGGUUAAAUUUAACCCCGGGAUAAGCGCUAAUCAGCCUUCGAACAACUGGGCCCAGAGCUCUAGAAUUGCAUUUUCCAAUGAUUCAGUUUUUAAUAAUAUAAUUUAGCCUCCGUGCAGUCUAAAGGAGUCUUCUUCUUGUAGCCUGCUGUAAUUUAGGUGUUUUUCAUGAUUAAGAGAAGAUGUCAUAACGUCUGUGUUUGUCGGUCCCCACAGAUAUGUGGCAGAGCUCAAUAAAUGGUCUGGAGGACUUCAUCAGGUUAGUCAUACGAAAGAUCCUUGUGGAGUAGGGGCUGAAGAUGAAGAUUCAUGUUCUGAUUGUCAGUUAUCUGGGAGCCCCAGCAGUGGAGGAUCCCCUCAAUGCAGUAAUGGGAAAAGCAGAAGAAAGAAGAGCAAGAAUAAAGAGAAGAAGGUUAGAAAUUAUUUGAGUCAUUUUUCAGUUACUAACAAAACCUAAACAAGUGAGCAUGUACGCUUCCUCUCGGAAAAGGGUUACCGAGUCUAUUACGACAGUGCCACACAUCUUGGAAGUACUGGAAGGGUUAAGGUCGGUACACACUAGGCGGCAAGUUGCAGCAACAUGUCGCGGCGACGCGUUGCAGCGACAAAUCGCUUCGUGUGUGCUGGAGAGUUUUGUGAAAAUCUUUGUCGCUGCAACAGAAUUUUGUCGCCGCAAAUUUUUUUUGCGACUUGUUGCAGCGAAAAACUUCUGUUGCGGAGACAAAGAUUUUCACAAAAAUUCUCCACCACACACGAAGCGAUUUGUCGCGGCCACACGUCGCAGCGACAUGCUGCUGCAACUAGUCGCCCGACCUGUACACAUGGAGUAAUCAGUCGCCGCGACGUGUUGCUGCAACUUGUCGCCUAGUGUGUACCGACAAACAAACAAACAUUUUUUUAAUUUCAAGCCAACUGUUUAAGAGGACAUGUACUGUCGCAAAAUGUACUGUAGUUAUCACAUGGAGCCCAAGCUCGAAAUAUGAGCAUUGGCGAACAUCGGCAUUGUUGCGUAACAUUGAUUUCGAAAUAUAAGGAUUUGUAUGGGAAAAAAACCUAUCGUUUCCGUAACCUACGAAAAUGAAAGGAUUUCAAUAAAAAAAAACCGCUUACCUUACAUAAAAUGUGUGUUACGUCUCUCCUGGGUGGUCCAUGGGCCGAUUUAUGGUCGUUUUAGGGGUUGUACGGUAAACUGUUUCCGUUUACACUACAACCCAUUAAACGGCCAUAAAUCGGCCCAUGGACCACACUGGAGAGACGUAAACACACAUUUUAUGUAAGGUAAGCUGUUUUUUAUUGAAACCCUUUCAUUUUCGUAGGUUACGGAAACGAUAGGUUUUAUUUUCCAUACAAAUCCUUAUAUUUCAAAUGUUGUGCAACAAUGUCGAUGUUCGCCGAUGCUUAUAUUUCGAGCAUGGGCUACCUGUGUAGGUAUUGGCAUUGAUUGUUUAUUUGUUUAUUGGCAUGAUUGCUGAUUUUCAUUUGGAUAUGGGGGCUAGGAUAAGCACUGGUGUGAGAGUUAACUGUGUAGCUAAUUUGUAAUUGAACGACCUCGCUUGCUUCUUUGUAGCAAAAUUCUCCAACUCACGAGAAACAAGAGAAACCUCCAGAGCGUAUUGAUGAUGAAGAAAAACGGCUGUUGAAAUUAAUGGGGUGGCAAGAUGGUGGAACAGGGUCACCGGUAAGCGAUCGUUGUGACCGAUAGUUAAGUAGUUUCUGAGUAAUUUUAAACGACUCCGUCCGUCAAAUAGCCUGCGUAGUAUGGCGGUUUUGGUUGGGCGCGCUAAGUAAUAUAGGUGGGCGGUCUGGCGGGCGGAGGCCGAGAAAUCGCGAGGAGGUUGGGGCUUCGCCGCUCAGUAGUGCUCCCAAUGCUACGCAAGCUAUCCGUCAAGCGAAACGCGUGUGAGGGAAAAAUAACCACGCGCGCGUCUGGUGCGCGAGGCGGGAGAGGCGGCGAAUGACGUAGGCGUAUUCGUAAUUCUGGCUGUCGUCCCUCUCCGCCGAAAAUGUAUCAAAUAAGCCUGUGUUUGCAGGCCACGAGAGGUGUGAAAGGAGAGUUCGUCUUUUUACAAAUGUCUCUUAAGCAUUGUGUCAAAAAUCACAAGCAACAGUAAUGAGCUUUGAAAAACUGUUAACAUGUUUUCAAAAACCGCUAUCGGAAUCCCGUUUUAAUCCGUUCAAAUUUUUCCAUCCGUACCUUCUUGUUUAUACAGUAUGCUGUGUUAUUUAUACCUUCUUUCGUUAUUGUGAGCAGUUAUUUUUAUGUUUUAUUUGGUGGUAGUUUCCACUGUUUGAAUAUCGAUACAUUUCGUGACACCGCUCCUUUAAAGGUCUCCUUCCGACCUGACCAUAGGUUACAUUUGAUUUCUAGAGGAGUACAAGGUAGACUCUGUUACAUGACAGGUUGUUUGUACACCGGCCAUUUGUAACAAUAGUUGUUACAAUUGCCCACUGGGUCCCGGAAUGUUUCUUUGUGAACUUACACAUCGAAGAAACGAGACGUAAGGAGAUCACAAGGGCAACAGUCAAGUUAUAUUUAGCCUGCAAAGCAGGCGUAUGUUACGGAGCGAAUGAUUUGACGUUGAAACUGACAGAGUUGGAGCGAGUCAAAAAACACUCUAAGGGAGAGUUUAGUUGCUUUUAUGAUGGCAGCCGCGAUGAAUGUGCCUUUAGGUCGCCCUUUUUUUAAAAAAAAAAAAAAAAAAAACGCCUGUUCUGCAGGCUAAGUUAUGUUUUCUGCAAAAACAAGUGAUUAACUUCAUUUUUGUUCAUGUCUUUUCUCAGGGUUAUGUUUCUUCCGAGGAAGACCUUUGUAUAUCAGAGCAGGAAAUUCUCCGGUUCAAGGCCAAUCACUCGUCUGUCUCUCAACAGCGACUCAAACUUCGAGAGAAACUGCGACAGCAGUUUAUUAAUAUGACGCUUAAAAACGGCUUGAAUGUCGGCGUUGUUCACUGAGAUAUUAAUAUCACUGUGUAGGGGAAGUGACUGGGGUGGGGGAGUGUACAAAUGGAGUGUCGGUGGAUAGCUUUUUCAAUUUAUUUUUAAGCACGAAGCAUAUUCCACUCUUACGCACUGUUUUUGAGGUCACGGGGUUUUUAUAUAGUGAUCAAGAGGAGUUGUUUGGAAUCGUUCUUUUUACUGAGUCAUAGACCUAAUUAUAUCAUUUUUAACGCAGUCAGAGAAAAAUGCUAAAAGGAAAAAUGAAAGAAGUAAAAAGCUAAAAAGGAAUUAAUUUAAAGUUAAUUAAACGCUUACCACUAUAGGGUGCAUGCAUUUGCUACAUCCGUCGCAUUUUCCCUUCAUUUUUCUAUGACAACGUUAUUGUGGUAACGUGAAUAUAACUGACGCGGAUAAUUGCACAGUACAUCAACUCUAGGAGUGAAAAACUCUCGUUACGUUUAUCGAUAUUUGUUAUUAAACGUGACGUGAGUUUCCAUACACACACCUCUUGUUGCCUUAAGCCUGAUCGCCUCAAUGGCGCCAGUCGUCUCAAAAUGUCUGAAAAUGUGUGCAGACGAUCGAGUAAACAAAUUGAGGCCAAUUUUCCAUGGUCUGUACUCUUGUCUACCAUAGAAAGAAAGUCACAAUGUUCAAAAUCAAGUGGCACCACGAGCUGCAUGCUAUGCGGGACGAUCUUGAUUGAAGUAUCAUAUCUGUUAAUACAUCGGCUGAUUUCGUUUGGAUUAUUUCGAUCGAUCCAGGCACAAUCAUUCCACAAGGCGAUCGACACGAUUGCGGACGAUGGUGCGGUAAUAAGGCUAUAGGUAACAUCGCUCCACGCUUUUGGUUCGUUUUGUAAAAAACAAUGUUUGGUCUUAACAAGUGUGACUAACUGAGUCCUCUAAAAGCCUUGUAAAGUGCUACCCUCCUUUGCGCGAUUGCUUGCAUUCAUGUGGAAUGUGGCCUCAUAUGUGAAAUUUAAUAGGCAGGUACAAUGUCACAGUUUUAUUUGAUGUUACAUGAAAUACAUCGUGAUCGUCAGUUUGCCUCAAAUCCUGAAAUAAAAUGGAACUCAUGUCUUG